CCGAGGUAUAUAACGCGGGGGCCUUGUCAGUUUGGUAUCAUUGAUCCGACCAACGCUUGUCUCAUACACAUCAGCAUGGCAUUCAAGUUCGCCGCGGUUCUCGCCUUCGUGGCGCUCGCCCAAGUCCAGCAGAGUUUUGCCGGGCACGCUCACAGCUUCGCCCACUAUCACGGACCCGUCGAAGGUCCCCACCAGGAAGUGAGCUACCACGACAAGCACGGUCAUCACCACGUCGAUUACGUUGCGCAUCCGAAGUACGAGUUUUCUUACGGAGUGGAGGACCAUCACACCGGCGAUUACCACGGACAAAAGGAGCACAGAGACGGAAAGAACGCCGCCGGUGAAUACACCCUCCACGAGCCAGGCGGCAACGUGAGGACCGUCAAGUACCACGCCGACCCUCACGGUGGGUUCCACGCCAUCGUCCACAACAGCGGUGGCAACGACCACUCCGGAGGGACUUACGGUGGUCAUGGACACGGUCACCACUAAAACUUCCCACCUCUCGCAAGCUCCUUCACCGAGUACAAAGACCUCCUGCGACACUGGAUACCUUAUCGUACGUCGCGGCACGCUCCCACGGCCCACGGUCAUGUUGUUGUUAAGUUUGAACCCCUCUAUUCUCCCUGCAACUUUGCAGCCUUGUACCAUAUGUGAACUCUUUUAAUAUUCCUCUUUCGUUGAAUAAAUAUUCCAAGUAAA